AUGGAUGAUAAUAAGUUUUUGCCAAAAUUAUCACAAAAUUUACUUGAAAUUUUAGAAGAUGAUGAAUAUUACGAUGUUACAAUUGAAGUUGGUAGUGACCCUUGCGUAAAAAUAUUUUGUGCUCAUAGAAAUAUAUUAAAUUAUCGUUCACCUUAUUUACGAAACAUUUUAUCAAUGAAUAAAAAAGAAAAAGAUGGAACCUUAACACAUAUUAAAUUACCAAAUAUUUUACCGGAUAUUUUUCAAAUAAUAUUAAGGUAUAUUUAUGGAGGGAGGCUUUCUUUUGAAGGAUAUGAUGUUACAGAUGUCAUUAAAACUCUGGUUGCCGCUAGCGAACUUGACCUUCAAGAAUUAGUUAAUCAUUUACAAUUUUUUUUGAUUAAAAAUAAUUCAACCUGGAUGAAAAAUAAUUUUAAUAUGAUUUAUAAAACAAGCUUUGAAAAUGAUUCUUUGUUAGAACUUCAAAAUUAUUGUAAUUAUCUUAUUACCGAGAAACCAGAUAAGAUAUUCAAAUCAAUUGAUUUUUCUUCAAUUCCGGAAAAAAUUUUGAUCUCGCUUAUUCAAAAUGAUAACCUAAAAAUAAAUGAAGUUCAGAUUUGGAAACAUGUUCUUAAAUGGGGACUCGAUCAAAAUCCAGGACUUCCCUCAGAUUCUUCAAGCUUUUCUUCAGAUGAUUUUAGCGUAUUAAAAAAUACUUUGCAACAAUGUAUUCCUUUUAUUAGGUUCUAUAAUUUAACUUCAAAAGAAUUUUUAGAAAAUGUAUUUCCCUAUAGAAAAAUUAUGCCCGAGAAAUUAUUUAUGGAUUUGUUAAAACUUUUUUUGGAUCAUGAUUAUAAGCCAACCGAUCAGUCAGAGCCAGAGGAAACUAAGGAGAUUAAACCCGAAGCUCAGACAUCUGAAAAGAUUGAAACCGAGUCAACAAAUGCUAGAACCAUUCCAAGUAUUAAACCACAGAUAUUUAAUGAAACCAGGCCAACAAGUAUUAGAGUCAAUGAGGCCAGUUCAACCAAUACUAUACAUAUUAAUUCGAACAUUAUUACAAUAGAACAUGCAAGAUUAAUCUCGAAAUGGAUUAAUAGAUUAGCUGUUAACGCUUCGUAUGAAUUCAAAUUGAUCCAUCGUGGGUCUCGUGAUGGAUUUGAUCGUAAUAUAUUUCAUAACAUUUGUGAUUAUCAGUCUAGCACCGUAACUGUUAUUAAAGUGAAGGACAGUAGCGAAAUUCUUGGAGGGUAUAAUCCACUUGAAUGGAAAUCUAAUAGUAGUUAUGGCCAUACUUCUGAUAGUUUUAUAUUCUCUUUUGAAAAUAAUCAUAGUAUCAAAAAUUAUAUAUUAAGUCGUGUUAGGAAAGGGAAUUAUGCCAUAUCUAAUGACUCUAAUCGCGGCCCGUCAUUUGGCAAAAGUGACCUUGUGAUGCGUGGAAACUUUUAUAGUAAUUGUUGUUGUAUAAUAUCUUCUUAUGAAAGACCGAUCAGGAAGGUUAUGGAAAAAUUUUCCGUAGAUGAAUAUGAAGUAUUUCAAGUUACAAGAAUUUAAUUUUUUUUCUCGCUAAAAAUUUUUUUUUUUAUUUUUGAUUCAUAUAUUUUUUAGAGUUUAAAUGGAUUAUUAUUUAUUUAAAUAAAAACUUGAUUUUCAAUAUUCAUACUGUAAUCUGAUAUACGUUUUUUUUAAUUCAUAUAUACUUUUCACACCAUUUUGAUAUGGUAAUAAUACAUUAUUAACGCAGUAUAAAGAACAAAUAUUGAUGCAGUUUGGCGUCGACUUAACUGAUUGGUUUUAACAGAAUUGUAAU